AUGAGAGUCUCCAUCUCCCAGCCGGAUGUGUGCAGACGGAAUUCUACCAUCUUUAUGCCAAAUGAGUUCAGACAAGCCCACUCACCAGCUGAUGGACUGGCCGUGACAGAUCCAGGAAAGCCAAGAAGAUGUAGCAAGCAAGCAGGAAGUAAUAAGACAGAUGAAGAACAAGUAGAUGGCAGAUCCACAGCACUUCGAACAGUUGCAACUCUGGAUAAGACUUGUCAUUAUCAUUCGCGACUGAAGAAGGAUUCUGUGGGAGGCAAUCCCAAGACUCUCAGCCUCCAAGAGGCUUUAGAGCUCUUCAAGCCAGACUUCAUCAGCCGAUCUCAGGGUCGGGUGAGGAGGCUGGAGCAGAGAGCUAAGAGAAGAAAAGCGCUGCAGGACUCAAAUCCAGACCUGGUGCAGGGCCUAAGGGAAGAUCGAGGCAAGCAAAAGAAAAACUGCACCACACCAGAUCCACUUAGUGAUAACCUUUUCAAGCCAAGAGAGAGGUCUAUUUCAGGCAAAGAGAUGCAGCUGAGGUCCAGACGGAUUUACAACAAACUGCCAGAGGUCACAAAGAAGAAAGAGGAGGAGAAAAAGAGGACUGUGUCACAAAACAACAGAUUACGAGCAGAGGUCUUCAAAAAGAAACUCCUCGACCAGAUCCUGCAAAGAUAAGCCAGACACCGAGAGACGAAUGGGGAUAAAUUAUGCAAUUUCUCUAACUUAAUCUUCACUUUGUGAAAGCGUAGAUGACUUCUUAAUCCAAUUAAACUCCAGCAAUGUACUAUCAAAAAUGUACCUUUCAUGAGGGUCUGAUUUCUGUCAGUCACCCAACAGUAUGUUUGCAUCAUACUAACCUAGAAAUAUUUGGUUUACAGGAUGCUUCUGUGUUAAUUUUCUUGACUUAAAAUCAGUGUAACAAAGAUAUUUAAAUAUGAGUUUUGCCGCAAUCAUGAUGUGGAUGAAUAUAUACCGUAUACAAUUGCAGGGAUGGAUGUAUUUAAAACCUGGCGUGUUAAGGAACUUCAUCUUCAUCACCUGCCAACAUGCCUGUGAUUAAAAAAUUUGAUGUUUUUGUGACUGCUUAACUGAUU